GGAGGAGGUGGAGGAGGAGGAGGAGACGAGGAAGACGAGGAAGAGGAGGAAACGCCGUGGUAUCGUCGUGCAUCGUCGUCGUCGUCGUCGAGCGACGGUCGAACGACGAUUUCAGCGGCGUCGUCGCCGAGGAGGAGAAAAGGAGAAGAAGGAGGAAGAAGAAGAAGAAGAAGAAGAAGACGAAGAAGAAGAGGAACAAGGACACGCCGGCUGUGCUAGAAGCAGCCACGCACUUUGCUUCGCGUUCGACGAUCAAGGUGAAUAGAUAUAACGAUGGUAGAUACGCAACACUUUUGUCUGCGAUGGAAUAAUUACCAAAGCAGCAUAACGUCAGCUUUUGAAAACUUGAGAGAUGACGAGGACUUUGUGGACGUUACAUUGGCUUGUGAUGGCAAGAGCCUCAAAGCACACCGGGUUGUACUUUCUGCUUGCAGUCCAUACUUUAGGGAACUUCUCAAGAGCACACCAUGCAAGCAUCCGGUGAUAGUACUUCAAGAUGUAGCGUUCAGUGACUUACACGCCUUGGUGGAGUUCAUCUACCAUGGGGAAGUGAACGUACAUCAACGUUCUCUUAGCAGUUUCCUUAAAACUGCAGAAGUACUUAGGGUAUCGGGUCUUACACAACAAGCUGACCAGACGGAUAGGGACGAGCUCUCACAUGUUCGCGCACUGGCUGCUGGUGUUAAUCAUCUUCCUUUUCACGAAAAAUCAGAAGAAAGUUUUCCUCGUAGUGGUUCCCCGCCUGCACCGACAACUCCAACACCUACGACGGUGCAACAGUUAUUGCGUAGAGCACAGAUACGUAGGAACGAGAGGCGUACGCCGGAUCUUCACGAGGAUUCGGCGAAAAGAUCGAGGGUAUCCUCGCCACCUCUCAACAAUAACGACGCUACGCCGACCGACUUCUCGAUGGUGAAAAACAAUCAUCUUUCGAGUAAAGUGGAAGGUAACGGUGUCCACGAAGAGAACAGUCCCAUAGAAGAUAAUAUAAAGUGCGAGCCUUUGGAAUUGACCGGUGGUAAUGGUGGGAAUGCCGGUAACAACGAGGACUCUUCGGAUUCGGGAGCAGCGGCAUCGGAUAGGCCACCGGCGUCGGCGAGUAGUAACGAACACGAGCCUGAACCUGAACACGCACCGACGCAAAAUUUUAUACCGGAAAGCAAAUUGUUCACAUCGACGCCAGGAAGUUUUAACUUCAGUAUGGCGGCCCUCACGGAUCACACGCCAUUGUCAGUGAAAUUUCCAGGGUUGGGCCACGGGUUGCAAACGCCGGAUUUAGCAGGAACUUCGCAAGGUCUGUGGGCCGGCAGCGGCGGCGCGUCCGAUGAGUUUCGAUGCGAGCCUUGCAACAAAAACCUGACCUCCCUAACGCGGUUGAAGCGGCACAUACAGAACGUUCACACGAGGCCCAGCAAGGAACCGAUCUGUAACAUCUGCAAGAGGGUUUACUCCAGCCUGAACAGCCUAAGGAACCAUAAGAGCAUCUACCAUCGGCAGCACAGUAAGAACGAGCAACAACGGAAGGAGGAGGAACAAAUACAGAGGGAAAGGGAGCAGAGAGAUCACAACGAUCGUUUUGGACAUCAACAACAGCCUCAUUCGCAACAUCAACAGCAUCAACAACAACAGCAGCAGUAAUCACACGCAGUAAUCACUCGUAACGAGCACGAGGAGUUGCCUUUGUCCUCUAUUACCUUGUGAACGCGAGAACGAUACCAAGGACGAAUGGGCGAAAGAGAGAUUGAUAGAACGAGACGAGAGAGAUAAAGACAGUAUAUUUUAAAUAUUGCGAAGUUAUUAUAAAAGAAAUCGAAAUGAAAUCUCGAAACUGUUCCCGAAAGAAAAUGGGGAGAAGACUCUUAUCAGCCCUGUCCGUACUUAAAUUGGUCCACCCUGUUUGUUGUGUAGUCUGUUUGUGGGUAUACGUAUGCGUCGUAUUACUUAUAAUAUAUACACAUUCGGGAGAUAGCCGAACAUGCAAAACGAUGUGAUAGUAGACGGUAGUUGGAUUAAUUUUUAGUAUAACGAGAAAACGAUUAGAUCGUAACCGAUCUCGAGCGAUAUACGUUCUAAUCGUACUUUGUACAUAGCCGAUAUAUAUAUAUAUAUAAAUAU